AUGAAUUGGAUAAUCAGCAACGUAAAAGAUUUAAAAGAAUUCGAAAAUGAAAGCUUUGAUGUAAUUUUUGAUAAAGCCACUAUGGAUGCACUUGUAACAGAUGAGGGCAGUCAAUGGAAGCCAAAUCCUGAAACUGUAGAAGAUUGCAAGUUGAUGUGUCAAGAUUUCCAAGAUGUAAAACCUUUAUAUGAUGCAUCUUAAAAAUUAGGAGUAAAACCUGGUUUAUUAGUCUUAGUUUCAUUCUUUGCUUGCCUGUUUUUCGUUGUCUUAGGAUUUUUGGGUAAAUUCUUGACUUCUGUAGUUGGUAUUUUAUAUCCUGGAUACAUGAGUUUUAAAGCUAUAGAAACAAAAGAUGAUAAUGAUGAUAAAUAAUGGCUUACAUAUUGGGUAGUUUUUGGAUUUUUACAUAUAUUUGAUGCUCCAUUAGGUUGGUUAUUAUCCUUCUUCCCCUUUUAUUAUCCUUUAAAAUUAAUGUUCUAUAUUUUCUUAUUUUAUCCUAAGACUAAAGGUGCAUUAAAGAUUUACAAUUCAUUUUUAAGAGAAAAAAUAAGUAAAUAUCAAAGUUUUAUUGAUGGAUAUUUAAAAAAAGAUAGCAAAUGA